AUAAUUGCAAACAAAGAUGAAACGAAAGAGAUGUGAAAUGGAAGAGACAACCAAGAAGAAGAAGAUGACAGAGAUUGGAUCUGCCAUUGAAGAACUCUCUGUUCUCUCCAUAGCAAAGACCACAAUAGUUACCGCCGAAACCGAAGCCACUACAAACAUCAUCAAUUUACCUUUAAAGCCUCUCCUCUCUUUCUGCAGAUUAAUCGUCCAAGUUCUUGAUAAGAUUGGCCCGACAAUGGCUGUUCUCCGACAAGACAUUGAUCAAAAUAUUCAAAGGCUAGAGAAGAGGUGGGAAUCUGAUCCUCUUUUGUACUCAAAUUUGGUUGAGAUACUGAGACAAGAAGCGAAGGAGGGAUCCUCUAGGAAACCUAAAAGCUGUAGCAGAGCUGCUCUUUGGCUAACGAGAGCGAUGGAUUUUACGUUAGCGCUAUUGCAACGGUUGGUGAAGGACAUGUCACAGAACAUGGAACAAGCCAUAGAAGAGUCUUAUAAUUUGACUAUAAAACCAUGGCAUGGAUGGAUCUCUUCUGCUGCUUUUAAGGUGGCUCUUAAACUGGUUCCAAACAACAGCACAUUCAUCAAUGUGCUUGCGGGAAAAGACGAGACUCAUCAAAUGGUCCAAGAUGAUAUAACAAGUCUAAUUUCAUUGCUCAUUCCACUUCUAAACCAACUUCAUUCUAUUUUGGUAAGAUUUAUAAUUUCCUUUUCUGCAAUAGUUUUUAUGCAUUUUGUUUUUGUUUAUGUGCAAAUGGACAAUGAGGAUUAUGGAGAAGCAGUUUCUGGAUUCUUUGGUGUUACCGGCACUGCCCCCAAGGUAAAGUAG